CAUUUGGACAAAAGACAUGCAAGAAAGCCGAAUAGGAACCAAGACUCAAGCUCGAAGUAGUUAGAAGACCUUUCAAUUCUGUGGGACUUUACACAGAAAAAAACCGCCGAUCCCAUUAAAAAAUGAAAUAAAACGAUAAAAAUUUUGCGGACUUACAGAACGCUGUUGGUUCUCAGACUUAUAGAUGACCACUACGUCAUACGUGAUAUACCCUUCCUCAUAUACCAGAGUAUCACUAGUAUCCAAGAUGCCCCUGGAUAAGUAUCAAGACCCUGUUAUAUCACGGGCCGACAAACUACUUAUUUCACCGCUCUUGUCAGAAAUACCAUUUAUAACAUCAGUUUGUUACAUCAAUUGCAGUUACCGUUAAUCUACCUUUGGCAUGCAGUACUGUAUAUUUCUUGUCCCUCAUUCCUAAUAAGCGUAACACUGUCUGUUUCUUAAAUCUGGCAGAUAAAAAAAGCCUGUGGGAAUCUUUUCAUGAUUUCCCACAUAGAGAGCAUGGAAUGGGAAAUGAACUUAAUAACAAUGAAGGAACUUGUAUUUCGGUGCGGAGCUGAAAUAGCCUGUUUGCAAAAGCUUGUGAGUAGGCUGGAGUCAGGAGCUCGUACUACCAUCAACUGGAUCAUUGUACAAUUGACCACAGGACUCGUCAUGAUUGGAAUGUUGUGCUAUUGGGUUUAUAUAAGAGAAGAUGUCCAGACUGGAACUACCGUGAAAGGGAUUACGGCUGGAUGCCUUUUAGGCGUGGCGACACACUGCAUACGCAAGGCUCAAGUGUUAUUCGACAGUUAUACGCUGGUCAGUGAAUGCAAGGAUGUCAAAAAAGAGCUGGAAAAACCCAUGAUGGAUUGUUUGAUGUGCAAACACGCAGUGGAAGAUGCCCUGCCUGAGAAAAAAAAGAUACUGCAUGUUGUGGAUCAGAAGAUCCCUAAGUGUAAGAACGAUUAAAUUGAAGCUUGUCUGUCUGUCUAUCAAUAGCGAAGCGCGCGAGUGACGUCAUAACUCAGACAAACUCAGACAAAU